UAUUUUCUCGCAAAACUUCACAAUUACCAUGUUUAAAGAUGAUGACUAAUUACAACUUGAAAGUUUAAUCGCCAUUUACGUUCCACCGAUCUCCGUAAACUCUUUUCUUCAUUUGGUCACUUUUAUCUAAUCAGAAUUCCAUUUUUUUCUCAAUCAAAGGGGAAAAAAAUGGAGUUCAACAAAACCUAUCGGAUCAUCGUGAUCUUCACGGUUUCUAUUUUGGUCACCAUCUCUACGCAUGUAGAAUCCAGAUCAGAUUCUCCAUUUUCGACACCAGCUCCGGCACCGGAAGUUAUGAAACCUAUCGCUAGUCCUGCAAAUUCUCCGGCGGAGAUAUAUACAGACUCUCCCGUUGCGUCUCCAGAAGCUCCAGCAGAUUCAUUUUCCCCAAAAAAUCCUCCGGUCGAGAUAGAUAUAUACUCUCCCGCAGCGUCACCAGAGGCUCCUGUCGCAUCACCAGAAGCUCCUGCGGAGUCUUCCUCUGCUGCACCAUCUGGAAUCAAAGUUUCGAGUUCUCCCAAAAGCCUUUUGAACCCGCCAUUGUUAUCUCCGGAGAUCAAAACCAUUUGCGGCAAAACCGAUAACCCUCCGUUAUGCGAAUCUUCCGUUAGUCCUCUCUUAACGCCUCAACUGAAACCAAACACUUCCUCCGUCCUCAUUCUCGCUAUUCAAGCUUCGAUCACCGCGACCAAGGCGGCCAUGGCCAUCGUCGAAAAAGUCGACGCCUCCGAUUGUCAGGAGUUAUAUGAUGAUGCAGUUGUGAAUUUGGAAGAUGCAGUUAACGCCGUCAAGUCAAGUGACAUUGCCACCGUUAACACAAACUUGAGCGCAGCGAUGACAGAUUACAGCACGUGUAACGACGGUUUUGAAGAAUCGGGAGAGCCUAACCCGUUGGCUUACGUGGCCGAUAAGCUUACGAAGAUGGUUAGUAACUGUCUCGCCAUCUCUACGUUGAUCAAGUGAAAUACGACAGCGUUUUGAAUCGUGAGGAUAUAAAAGUGUUUUUGUUUUCUUUAAAUUUGGGUCUUGGCUGGGUUUGAACAUGGUACUACAUCGUUUUCGAAUAUCCAAAGUUCCAAGUAAAGAACGUGAGAGCUCUACUUAGGCUUACGGUGUAAGUCUGUAACGUUAUCAUGUAUCUCAUUGUUGUGUGGUCAUAUGUGGAUGUUAUAUUCUCGUGAAACAAAGUGAUAUAUAUACAUAUAUAUAUAUAUAUAUAAAUAUAUACAAAAAUGUAUAUGUAGAGAUAACGACUCGUUUUUGAAUCUGGUAAAAGUGAAUCGAUUGUACAAAUGUUAGGUUACUUCUUGAAUAUGAAUUAACAAUGUGCACCAAUUUAUUUGAAAAAUAUCAGUUAUGUUAACAAUGUGCACCAAUUUAUU